CUGAGGGUGCACUCGAUUCCACCAUCAAUGUCAUUGAUAAAGAUGAGAGGAAAGCUGACAGAGAGCUUCAGUCAACCAAGAAACUCAGUGGUUGCCCGUGGUGCAAGCAACAAAGGAUCAGUCACCACUGUGCUCUGGGUUCAAGCAGUUUCUGGUGGGAGAAUGAAUGCAGUCACGUCCUUCAGAUGCACCUCUACGGGUCCUGAUUUACACUGGAGAUAUCUCACAGAACAUGAUCCAAAGUGCAAAGGAAAGAAGAAACUGAAGAUUUCAGGCAGAGAUCUGGCAUCAGUCCCUGCACAGGUCUUUGGGCUGGACCAGCUGCAGGCCCUGGAGAUGAGUCCAGAACGAGAGAGCUGCCUGAGGUACCGCAUGGAGCUGCUGCCCUGCGAGAUCAGCCGCUUGAAGAACCUAACCCUCCUCUAUAUGGACUCCAAUAACCUGAAGAAAAUUCCUGCUGAAAUUGGUACCUUGAAGAACUUGGAGAGGCUGACGCUGAGCAACAACCACCUGAGCUCCCUGCCCCCAGAGAUGGGGACCCUGCAGCGGCUGCACAGCCUCCACCUGGCCAACAACAGCUUCACCCACCUGCCCGCAGCCCUCUGCCAGCUGAGCAGCCUCACCUUCCUGGACCUGAGCGACAACAAAAUACGCACCAUCCCCUCCAGCAUCCGGCAGCUGGAGAAACUGGAAACGUUGCUGCUGCUCUUCAACUCGCUGGAAAACCUGCCCGAGGAUGUCUGUCUUUUAAGGAAUCUGCACACACUUUGGCUGGGAAACAACCAUCUGCGAUCCCUUCCACCACGAUUUGGGGAGCUGGUCAACCUGGACUGGGGGUACAACUACUGUUCCUGCAAUUUCGAAGGGAAUCCACUAGAAAAUCCUCCCCCUGAAGUCUGUAGCAGAGGUUCCGAGGAGAUCAGAGACUAUUUCUUGUCGUUUCAUAGAGUACUGGCAGAAUAGAAG